AUGGCGCCAACAAAGGAGACGCCAUAUACUCAGAUUCUCUACCUCAACAUCCCAGCUGAGAAGGACCUGAAUGAUCCAACGGUAGCCGCAGGACAUUCCUGGUCGAGGGCAUUGGAUGUAAUCGAGCAGCAACAGGGGUUCAUACGUCUGUCAUGGGGUCGCUCGCCGGAAGACCGUACAAAUGUGCAACUCCAGACAGGUAGGUCUCCAGCCGUGCAAUGGAUCUCGUCUCCUACUCUUCGCCAGAUGAACGACUCAUGCUACUGUACGAGAAUUGACAAGAAAUUGAACACAGUACGAACCGAACUCGCACAACAUAGGAACUUCUUGUACUCAGCAGCCUAUGACCAGUUCCUCUCACUGGUCAAGCCUCUACUAAGACCCAAUGCACCCGCACCUUUCGCUCGACACGUCCGUUUGACCCAUUUCACACCUGAUCGACCCAGUCCGGUCUCUCCGUCCAGCCCGGUCACCGGCUCUGCGAUCUAUGUCUCCACGGAUGCAACCUGGCAUGAAGGCGCGUGGCCGCUCUGGACUCAUAUCGUCAGGCACGUAUCUGGCUGUGUUGGUAUUGCGGGUGGUGAGCUCCUAGAGGAAGUCGAUGGGCACAUGCGGUGCUAUCUGGUGUAUGUUGGCUGGGAGAGUAUUGAGAAGCACGAGGAGUAUCAUCACACGGAGCAUUUUGCGAAGCGGAGGAUUGUGUUGGGUCUGGGAAAUAAAGGGUAUAGGGAGUACGCGCAUAUGAAGUUUGAGGGGGAGAGAAUUGGACCUAUAGGCACAGCGGCGAAGCUAUGA